AUGGGACACGGGCACUCUUCCGAGUUGCAUCCCUUAAACAUCUUGGCUUUUUGUGAUUGGCAGCACCGGGGUAUUUGUACCCAGUUGAGCCGUGCUCUCCGAUCCUCUUUGCAACUGACAGAGGAGAACCAAGGAUAUUGGCGUUUCCUUUGCGAACGACUGGCCGAAGAACAUGACAUCUAUGUGCCCCGCUUUGUUGAAAACGGUUGCCCGAUAGCGAAGGACUGGCGAGCGCUCUUUUUGGAGCUCAAUGCCGUCAAGGAGGCAGCUGAUGGAAAAAGUGUUGAGAAGAGCGAGGACUUCAAGAUCGGCGUGGCAGCCAGAUUCCGCCCAUCCAUGGCGACCAGUGACAUGGCCGAGGAGGAUGGAGUGGUUUUGCCACUGCAUCAGAAGGUUCAGCUCGUGAGGAGACAGCUCGGCUGUACUUCCAAGGAGGCAGUGAGCCUCAUCAUGCAGAAGCAGCAGCGUUUGAAGGGAAAAGUGGCCAUUGAGUCGAGUGAAGGCAUCUUCCAACCCUGCCUUUCACCUGGCUACGACAAGGAAAAUCGCCAGCAAAAUACUGAUAUGAUCAUGACCAAUGAGAAGAAGGUCGAGGAGAUCGAUGAAGUGAACAUUGAUGCACGCUGCUCGAUCCUUUCGGUCCAGGAAGAGAAGGCAUCAGUGCUUGCAGUGACAAAGAACAGCGGGCUGCACGAUUUUGCUUUCGACAAAGUCUUUGCAGAGCGCACUUUGCAACCACAUGUCUACGAAGAGGCAGCCCGUCGUUUGGUCAUGGAGUUUCUGAAUGGCACUAGCGCCAGCAUCAUUUGCUACGGCCAGACAGCGAGCGGGAAAACCCACACGAUGUUUGGACCACCAGGACAGGCAAGUGAAGAGCUUCAGGGCCUGGUGCCAAGGACUUGCGCUGAGGUUUUGCAGGCUGUGGAGCGCUGGAGCUCUCGAGGGCUUCAAGUUCAGCUGAGUGCCAGCUAUGUGGAGCUUUUUGGGAGCGAGGUCUCAGACCUCCUCCGUGAAGGCCGUGUGGUGGGUCAACACCGAGAGGGCCGAUACUCUGCGGUGCGUGCCACUGAUAGGGUGGGGCAUCGUUACGUCUUGGAUGGGCACACGGAGUGGCACAUCCAGUCACUGGAGGAGUUGCAGGAGCUCCUCGAGCAUGGUGAUGCCGCCAAGCGACGUGCUGCCACUGCCAUGAAUGAACGUUCCACCCGAGCGCAUACGGUCUUUGUGCUGUCACUCCAGGUCACAUCCGGAGACAAGCAUGCCCGCCAGAGCCGGUUCUAUUUUGCAGAUCUUGGUGGCUCUGAGCAGCUUUCCAAGAGCAAAGUGGAUGCCGAAACGAAGGCAAAAGUGCUUGUUGUGGGUGGCGAAGAGCAGAGCCGAUUGAGCUGGCAAGAGUACAAUCGGCAUCGGCAGAGAGUGUAUGAGACGCUGAACAUCAACAAGGGCUUAUUCUCUUUGAAGCGAGUCAUUGAAGCUUUGCAUCAACGCUGCAGGAUGGCUCAGGAAGGUGUGCCUAGCCAUGCGCUACCAUACGUCCCCUACCAGGACUCCAAGCUUACAAUGCUUUUGCAAGAAGCUCUCGGAGGUUCAGCACGGACCCUGAUCAUCACCACCGUCACUAUGGAUCCAACUCAUGCAGAGGAGUCGCUGCAGACCUUGCGCUUUGCAGAGACCUGUGCCCAAGUGCAGAAACGACGUGAGGGAGAUCAAGCUGCAUCGAUUAUUGUCGCCCUGGACAAGAUUGAGCAAGAGAUCCAAGCUUUGCAACAGGUGAUCGCCCGCAAGGAGAGGUGGGAGACACGACUCUUGCGGCGACAGGAUCGUGAUACAGUGGCUGGUGCCUUUGGUGAGGGCACGAUGGUAGAGCGAAUUGAAGUCGUGCCGACAAGUGUUUUGGUCGGAGCUGAGGUGGAACGCGAACAGCUUGAGGCUUUGCUGCACCGCCAGGCUGAACUCAAAGGGCUUUCCUCCGGCAUCUCAGCUUUCGGCAAGGACUACCGCAGCAUGCGGGAUGAAGCGACCAAGGGUGCUGUGGAUGGUGGCCGAGGCGAAGAUUUCCGUGCUGGUCACUUCAGUUCUCGAACCAAGGCAAAAGACUUUGAAGAUGAAGCGGUCUUAGCAGAUGCCCUGCGCUUCUUCUUCCGAAGCUGUCAACAAGCUGAAGCGGUCUUUGGCGAGCUGAAAGCCAGGACAAGGCUUCAAAGGAACGAGAUCCCUGAAGGUUAUCACAAGGCGGCGAAAACCAUGCGCCAGCUCUGGGAGGAUCAGUUGGCCCAGGGUCACGAGACGAGAAGCUUCGGGAAGGCCAUGCUGGAUCGUUGUACAGCAUGGAGAGCAGCUUUCAAGGUGGACACAUCCAGCAGAGAUGCAGCUCUCUCCAAACUGAUCCACGAGUGUGGCCUUCAGGUGGAGUGA